AUGACACUAAAGCCCGAAGUAAAUUUACUAAGAGAGUGCGUUAGAAUGACAAUGCAGCCAGACAUAAACAUAAAAAAAAGAGCAGAAAAAGAGCUCGAGGAAAUCAGCAGAAGGCCAGGGUUCCUCACCACCCUCCUCGAGCUGUCUGCCAGCGACGCAGAUGCCUCCGUUAGAAUGUUCACAGCCCUCUACUUCAGAAGAUAUCUGGAAAAGUUCUGGAGUGUCGACGGCUUUGACAAGGCAUCGAUCAUCAAAGAGUUCCCGUACAUCCUGCACACAGCCUCAAAAGAAGGGGAAAAACAGCUCCUGGUUUCUCUGCAGUUUAUUCUGAAAAGCGAAGAGGUAGAGCAGUGGGCGCCCAUCAUAAAAAAAACAGAAGAGCUCGUUAAAAGCGCCGAUCCCUCUGCUGUGAUGAUAGGGCUAAAAAUACUGAACAAAAUCGUCCUGGGCUUCAUAGAGGAGUACAAAGCAGAAAAAGAGUUUGAAAUGCUCUUUGAUCCCGUGGGAGACACUCUGCUGAACAUCAUCGUAACGUCGGUGAAAACAGCAAACGCAGAGAUGGCAGCGUUUGCAAUGAAGGUGCUUGGGCACUCCUGCGAGAGCUACAUGCUCCCCAAUGUCUUCAAACAGCCCGUGUUCGUGCAGAACCUCAUCUCUGUGGUAGAUCUCACCAUUACCUCUCUAUUUGCAUCUGCGUCAGCGGUAAAGUGGUCCUGCAUGGUCAUUAACGGGCUCAUCAAAAAAACGAAAAAGAAGAAAGACCUCCCAUCGUUUGCCCUUUUUGAAAGAUCCGAUGUCCUCUCUCUGCUGUACAAGAAAUCGGUUGAGAUACUCACAGCAUACGGAAAAGCAGGAAACUCUCCAAAAGUAGAAGCACAGGCGUUUGAGAUGGUCCGCAACAUCAUUAGCAAGAGCGCAGGAUGGGAGAUAGUUAAAAAUGACACACCGAUGAUCACCACACAGUUCAUUCUCCCUGCAGUGUCGUUCACCGAAGAGAUGGAAGACUCGUGGGACGCGUGUCAGAUUGACUUUAUGCGAGAAAACGAGGCAAGAUACAUAAAGAAUGCAGCCACCCUUGCAUCAGAGCUCUUCCUGGACAUUGCCAAGAAAGCAAACAACUCUCCUGAUAAGCAGCUAUUUGAGUACCUUUUCAACGUGAUCAUUAACGAAAUAUCAGCAUACACAGCGACACAGUCACCACCCGUUGAGGCAGUGAGAAUGAGAUACGGGGGCCUGUGCUUGUUCAAAAUAGCAGGAAAGUACAUCCGAAACAAUGAAACCGUUUUUAGCAUCAUCAUUAACGACAUAUCCGCACCGCACGCGAUCAUCAAGUACAUAGCAUUCUCCACGCUGCACCAUCUGAGCUACUAUGGGGGCAUGCCAAAAGAGGUCCUUGAUCCAUUUAUGGAUGCAGUUAAGUCAAAGGAUCUUGGAGUGGUCGUGGAAAGCGCGCUGUGUCUCCCGAAUAUCCUGGCCGUUGACUCAAUGCAGGCCAAACUGAAGCAGUACAUUCCAGAGUUCAUCAGGCUUCUUCUAGACCUCUCGAACAGAAUACAAAUAGAAGCACUGGCUACAACACUGGAAGACGUCAUCAUGAUGUGCGCUGAAGAGUCAUCCACCAUUGCCCCGGGAAUUGCUGAAGCAAUUUCAGGUUCGAUAGUGUCUCUGCUCAAAGAAUCAGCACAGGAGGGAGAGAAUGGAGAAGAAGAGCCAGAGGAAAGAUACGAAGUGAUCGAUGGAUACAUCAGAACCAUCACAACUCUCAUUGACUCAGUUGGAAAGUCCCCAGAGAGUGUUCUAGCCAUCAUGCAGCCUGUGCGCAAAAUGAUCAUCACUGUGGGCACAGAGUACCCAGACUUCUUCCCAGAUCUCUUCCCUCUCCUCGUGGUGGCCUCGUACAACCUGAAGAGCGUUGAUGGCCUCUACGAAAUACUUGAGAUCAUCCUGAAGAUGCCCAUAGACGACAUGGCCAUAUACAUCAACGAGCUGUCGAGUGUUUUUGACAACUUUAUAACGUACGGAAAAGAGGGAAUGCUGAAGUACUUGCACGUUAUUUUCUCGAUUCUCUCGGAAAUGAUGCAGGGAAUUAUCACGGACUACGACUUCCCGUACCUCUGCAGAAUAAUUGAGAGCAUUCUCCUCAACGCGUCAAGAUUGCUGGGAGAUAAGCUGGGAGAGUUCAUUAAGGCAGCUGUUACUCUUGUUCUCUCAGACAGGGAAAUGCUUGAAUCAUCUGCUGCGCUUAUUUCUGCCAUAGAGAUAGUGCUGUGCUCUAUCAUUCUCAUGCCCGGGCACACUAUCUCGGCCCUCCACGAGCUGAAAGUAACGUCUUUUGUCUUUGGAAGCCUGGACAGCUCGUACAAAAAGUUCGAAAGAGUGCACGACCUGAAGCUUCUUCUUCUCUCCAGCGGGAUACUCAUCUCCCAGCAGGAGAAGAGCCUGCCCUCGGAAAUAUCCGUGGAAACUCUUAUGAAAGUUUUUAUAUUCGCAAUUGAGUCGUUCCCAGAGGCCCUUGCCAGAAGAGAAGCGCUGAAAAACGAGAAUGAGCUCGAUUACGAGGACGAAGAGAGCUAUGGAGAAACAGAGUGCUUCGAUGAAGACCCGUCAUUUGAAACACCGCUGGAUGCGAUUGACCCAUACGACUAUGCUAGAAAUAUAUGCAGUCUGGGGCCAGGGACCAUCGUGGCAGGAGCGUGGAGCGCUCUCCCAGAAGAAGACAAACAGAAUAUUAUAAAAAUAAUACGGCAGAAACAAUAA